UUGAAAUUAAAAUUUCUUAGGGUGGAAAAGUGUUCCAAGUCUGGCAAAGUAGUGCAUAUAUAUAGAAAAAAGUAUUAUUGAAAUCAACAAUAUAAUUGUCUACGGAUCUCCUUUCUUACAUUUACGAAUUACCGAUUAUUAAUGCAUCGACGAGCGAACCGGUUUUGAAUAGAGAAGACGCAAUUCAGUGCAAGCAAUAAUUCAGUUUCAUUCUAUUAUAAUUUCAAUAAUUUCUAUCUACUUAGCUAAUGGUUACUAUGUUUAUCUCCGCGCUUUUUUUAAGUGAUGGUCGAUGCCGACGGUUUUGAUUUAAUUUAAAGAAAAAAAUAUACUUUAAGGUGUUGACGUGGCGAAGAGUUCGAACGUGGCGCCUGACGUAGUAUAUGUGACAAUAAGGCCGGUCGUUGGUUAUUAAGUGGAAUUUUAGGCAAAUUACGCCGAUUUCGCGGCUUUAACAAGAGCAAGGAAUGGCUCGUCCAAUGUUUUGGAUAACAUGCGUAUGUGCUUUGGUUCCUGCUGUGUGGGGAGGAGGCGAUACCCUGGUGUUGCUGGAUAACCUAGCUAUUAAAGAAACACAUUCCAUGUUUUUUAAGUCCCUUCAAGAAAGAGGGUACACACUUACUUUCAAGUCUGCAGAUGAUGCUAAUUUAGUACUUUCUAAAUACGGGGAAUUCUUGUACCAAAAUCUUAUUGUUUUUGCACCAUCUGUUGAAGAAUUUGGAGGUGCACUGAGUGUGGAGGCUAUUACUGAAUUCAUCGAUGGUGGUGGAAAUGUUUUAGUUGCUGGAAGUUCAAGUUCAGGGGAUGUUCUUCGUGAACUUGCUUCUGAAGUUGGAUUUGAAGUAGAUGAAGAAGGUGCGUCUGUGAUUGACCAUCUAAAUUACGAUGUGCAUGAUUUGGGCAAGCAUACUCUCAUUGUGGCAGAUCCUGAAAAUCUCAUAGAUGCACCUGUCAUAAUUGGAUCUCGAAAUGUACCACCUCUUCUUUAUCAAGGAACUGGUCUUGUGGCUGACAGAGAUAAUCCAUUAGUACUUCAAAUUCUUUCUGCUCAGAGUUCAGCUUAUUCAUAUGUACCUGAUGAAGCUGUGAAAGAGUACCCCCAUGCAGUUGGUAAAAACACACUUUUGAUAGCAGCAUUACAAGCAAGAAACAAUGCCAGAGUUGUUUUCUCAGGCUCUUUGUAUUUCUUCUCUGAUGAAGCAUUUACAUCUCCUGUGCAGCGAGCUCUUAAUGGUAAACUCUAUGAGUCAUCUGGUAAUCAGCAAGUGGCCACUGCCAUUAGUCAGUGGGUGUUUAAAGAACAUGGAGUUUUGAGAGUGAAAUCUGUUUCACAUCAUCGUGCUGGAGAGAAAUCUCCUCCACCUGCCUACACAAUCAUGGAAGCUGUUGUGUACACUAUUGAAAUAGAGAAGUUACAAGGGGAUAAGUGGGUUCCUUAUGAUGCUGAUGAUGUGCAACUUGAAUUUGUUCGAAUUGAUCCCUUUGUUCGCACAAUGCUGCAACGAAAGCCCGGUGGCAAGUACGAGGCCAACUUCAAGAUUCCAGAUGUGUAUGGUGUCUAUCAAUUCAAGGUUGACUACAACAGAAUAGGUUAUACGCAUCUAUAUAGUACUACUCAGGUUUCUGUGCGACCACUACAGCAUACUGAAUAUGAAAGAUUUAUUCCAAGUGCUUAUCCAUAUUAUGUCAGUGCUUUCAGCAUGAUGGCUGGUGUGUUCCUUUUUAGCAUUGUAUUUUUGCAUUAUAGAGAAGAAACAAAGAGUAAGACCCCUAUUGACAGCAACCCGCAUCUGCAGUUGUAUGUGAAUUGGCCAAUGGACUUACUACAAAUCAAUUGA